AUGGCGGCGGGCGGCGGCGGCGGCGGCUGUGGGGGGACCCCGCUCUCGCCGGGCCCGUUCCUGCCGCCGCUGCUGCUGCUGCUGGCGCUGCCCGGCGGCGCCGUGCCCGCGGCCGACACCGUGGUGCUGGGGCUGCGCCUGGAGGAGAGCACCAAACCGGCGGCGGCGGCCGCGGUGGCACCGGCGGGGGCGGCCGAGCGCGGGCCCAUCCGCCUCACGGAAGGCAGCGAGGCCUUGCUGCGCCUCUACGGGCUGGGGCUGGGCCCCGGCGCCGCCGAGCGCGUGGCCUUCGCCGAGCUGCGGCCGGGCGGCAACGCCUCGAGCGGCAACGCCACGUGCCAGGAGCGCUCGCAGGACCUGGUGGUGCGGCCGGGCCCCGCCGAGCCCCGCGACACCUCGGCCCUGCUGCGGGUGCGGGUGCAGCCGCUGCGCAAGGACGAGCGGGCCAAGACGUACGUGCUGUGCUCGCAGCGGCGGCCCGGGCAGCCCUGGCUGCCGCACCAGGGCCCCGACGGGCACGUGCUGGUGCUGGAGGAGAAGAAGUCGCUGCUGCCGCUGUGGCUGCAGGUGAUUCUGAUCGCGGGCUUGUUGGUGCUCUCGGGGAUGUUCAGCGGGCUCAACCUGGGCCUGAUGGCGCUGGACCCCAUGGAGCUGAGGAUCGUGCAGAACUGCGGCACCGACAAGGAGAAGCGUUACGCCCGCAAGAUCGAGCCCAUCCGCAGGAAAGGGAAUUACCUGCUGUGCUCGCUGCUGCUGGGCAACGUGCUGGUGAACACCACGCUGACCAUCCUGCUGGACGACCUGAUCGGCUCUGGCAUCGGCGCCGUGGUGGCCUCCACCAUCGGCAUCGUCAUCUUCGGCGAGAUCGUGCCGCAGGCGCUGUGCUCGCGCCACGGGCUGGCCGUGGGCGCCAACACCAUCGUGGUCACCAAGUUCUUCAUGCUGGUCACCUUCCCGCUGUCCUACCCCAUCAGCAAGCUGCUGGACUGCAUCCUGGGCCAGGAGAUCGGCACCGUGUACAACCGCGAGAAGCUGGUGGAGAUGCUGAAGGUGACGGAGCCCUACAACGACCUGGUGAGGGAGGAGCUCAACAUGAUCCAGGGCGCGCUGGAGCUGCGCACCAAGACGGUGGAGGACGUGAUGACCCCGCUGCAGAACUGCUUCAUGAUCAACAGCGACGCCAUCCUGGACUUCAACACCAUGUCGGAGAUCAUGGAGAGCGGCUACACGCGCAUCCCGGUCUACGAGGACGAGAGGUCCAACAUCAUGGACAUCCUCUACGUCAAGGACCUGGCCUUCGUGGAUCCCGACGACUGCACGCCCCUCAAGACCAUCACCAAGUUCUACAACCACCCCGUGCACGUGGUGUUCCACGACACCAAGCUGGACGCCAUGCUGGAGGAGUUCAAAAAGGGGAAGUCCCACCUGGCCAUCGUGCAGAAGGUGAACAACGAGGGUGAGGGUGACCCCUUCUAUGAGGUGCUGGGGCUGGUGACGCUCGAGGACGUCAUCGAGGAGAUCAUCAAGUCGGAGAUCCUGGAUGAGUCUGACACCUACAUUGACAACCGCAGCAGGAAGAAGGUGUGCAACCACAAGAACCGGCGGGACUUCUCGGCCUUCAAGGACCCCGACAACGAGCUGAAGGUCAAGGUGUCACCUCAGCUCCUGCUGGCCGCCCACCGCUUCCUGUCCACCGAGGUGACUCUCUUCACCCCCAACUUCAUCUCGGAGAAGAUCCUGCUGCGGCUCCUCAAGUACUCCGACGUCAUCCAGGAGCUGAAGUUCGACGAGGAGAACAAGAAAUCCCCACGGCACUUCCUGUACUGCAAGAACAAACCGGCCGACUACUUCAUCCUCAUCCUGCAGGGCAAGGUGGAGGUGGAGGCCGGCAAGGAGUGCAUGAAGUUCGAGGCAGGAGCCUUUUCCUACUAUGGGGUGAUGGCCCUGAGUCCUCCUCCAGGAUCUGAGAUCCGAUCCCCGUCCCACAUGAGCGGCCUGAACCGCUCGGCCUCGCUGAGCUACCACGAGCGCUCGGACUCCAUCUCGUCGCCGGUGAGCGGCAGCAACAACCAGCUCAACGCGGGCGGCGCGCAGUACGUGGCCGACUUCAGCGUGCGCGCCCUCACCGACCUGCAGUUCGUCAAGAUCACGCGGCAGGAGUACCAGAACGGGCUGCUGGCGUCGCGCAUGGACAGCUGUCCCCAGUCCCCCGACGGCGGCGCCCCCAGGGCCGAGCCGGGCGCGGCGGAGAGGACGGAGAGGACGGAGAGGACGGAGGCGCCGGCGCCGGCCGACGAGACCACGAGCCUGCUGAACGAGAGGAACUGCCUGAGCCGGCGCGGCAACCACAGCGGCACCGAGAACAUCUGACCCCGGCCGCGCCGGCCGCCUCGGCGAGCCCGGCGUGCACGGACCUUCCCGGUGGGAGCAGGAGGAGGAGGAGGAGCUGGAGGGGAUGGAGGAGCUGGAGGAGCUGGGAUCGCUGCUGCUGUUCCGGCCC